AACCUUAAAUUCUGUGUUCACUAAAAUGAUUCCAAUCUUCAAUCAGCAGUUACACACCAUGUACAAACAUUAAUGAAACAGAAGUCAGUGUAUAUAAAACUUUAAUUCAUAAAAAUUUGUUAGCGAGCUCUCUUGAUUGCUUCCGAGGAGUGUGAUUAAGCACGUAUCCUAUAAAUUUAUGUUUCAUAAAGUGCAUCUCUCCAGUUUUGCAUGAUGUUAUUCUUAUUACUUUCUCAUUGUCUGUGAUGUUAUAUCUUCGAUAGUCCAUCUCCUUGCUUAAAGUCCGUACUAAUUCUAAUGGAUUCAGAUACUUCUCUUUGUAUGAUAACUCUACAUUUAGAAUCAUUUGUACACGCCUUUAUCAAUCUUUCUUGCAAAAACCCGGUUGUGCAGGAUAUUAGACAAUGUCUGAUAGGCAAUUUCAAGGAUCGUUACGUAAAAAUACAAAUAUAUAUAAAUAUACAAUAUAAUGUAUACAAAUGUAUUUAAAUAUUGAAUCAGAAUCAAACACAAGUGUAACUCUUAAACUAUAUCAAUUAGUUAUGUAAAAAAAAUAAAUCAGUACUGGAUACGGAGUUUUUUCCACUUUGCAAUCUGCUAUUUAACCAAUGCCAAAGUACCCCAUUUCGGGCACUAGUCAAAAGGGAUACGUAGAAACCAUAUGACAAGUAAUUAAUCUAACCUUUAGAACCUUUUCUGGUUUUCAAUGUUGCCAAAAAUUUCGUAAUUUAACUUUUUAAAAUUUGUCUAAAUUACGAUUUAAAGUCAAAAUAACUAUGGUUUUCACCAAAAACAAGCUAACAUUCCUAAUAACGAAAAAUCACUUGCAUCGCAUCACUGUAAUAAAGCAUCCAUUAGGGUUGAAAUGAUUAUUUCGAAAGUAAUUCGUGAUGUUGAAAGUUACCAUAUGGCAAUUAAGUUUUAUUUGGUUAUACACCUUCAAUUAUUACUAUUUCUUUAAAGUUAUCUGAUGGAAUAUUUGUGUUUUAUGCUAUACGUAAUUUUAUAAUGGAACCAAUAUCUAUCAUUCUGUUAGACGAAUCUGAAGACAUAUUUGUACCCACUGGUGAUCACAGCAUCGAAGAAGUACUUGUGUCGAUAUGUGAGAAACAUGGUUUGAAUCCUUCUAGAUACGUCUUAAGCUACGAUAAUUAUUUCCUUCCUAAAGAAUACACUCUGAAAACGUUGAAUCUCCAGAAAGACCAGCGCCUGAAAUUGGUCGAGGAUUUCAGACCGACUCCUGAUCAGUGUGUAACAAUUACUUUAAAAGUGAAGGAUUCUCACGUAUCAGCGAAAUUCCGUCCAAAUGUUACCCUAUGGAAAGUAGUUGAGAACUUGAUAGCCGCUGUGACCCUAAAAAUACCCUGCUCCACUCCUAUUUUAAUACGCCAAGGAGUCGAAUAUAUCGGACGAGAAGAUAUGAUGAGGGUAACCCCCAGGUCCCUUGGUUUCACUUCUGGUUUCCUAUACUUCAGGUUUUUAGUUAUAGAAAAUUCUACUCUUUCAAAAAGAACCGGAGGUUUGUUGGGCUCUAUGGAGUCAUUGCAGCUUGAAUUGAAUAAAGACUUAGAUGAUGGAGCCUUUAUUCACAAGGUGUCAACUCACACCUCAUAUGUCAAGGGACAACAGCCGGUUAUUAAAUUUUAUCCUGGAAUCGCAAGAAGAAAUUCAUCUGUGUUUGGAGAAAUUCAUUAUCUUGGCGACCGAAAUGCAGUGGCUUGCAGGCUUCCCUACAAAAAACUGUCAGCUAGGCAAAAAACACGCCGAGAUCAAUUCUACAGCAUGCAUAUAAAAGAUGUCCAAACUAUGUUCAAACUGAUUAUAGAAAAAAGGAAAGAAUUACGAGAAAGAUUGUUAUGGACGGAAGACCCAAAUCAGAAAAAGUCACCAACAGAAAAUAUAUUUACUGUAAUUCGAAUUCACUUUCCGGACAAAACUAUUCUACAAGGCUUUUUUAAGAAAGACGAUCCGGUUAAUGAAGUUGCAGAGUUUGUAAAAUUAUAUAGGAGAGUUCCAAGGAAAUUUCAAUUAAUUAUAGGGCCGCCGAAAACGAUAUUGCAUUCCGAGAAAACCCUGGCCGAGUACGGCCUGGCACCGACGGGCAAGAUGUUCUACAAAGUGGUCGAGGAGGAACAGCCGCAGAACAUGGCAUACCUCAAGGAGAACGUCUUGCGAAAGCUGACCACUCACGAAGCUGCCUGCUAUGCUGCUGCUCUAUGCCAUCACCUACCUGCGGAGCUAUUCAUAAAAAAAGAGCCAAAAGUAAAGAGAAAAUAUCCCGAUGAAAGAGUAGGAUUAAGUGUCAGUAAGAAAAUAGAAUCAUUAACGGAUACGAGACCUUUCGUGCUGAGGCCAUACGCAUCAAGGACAUCAUAUUUCAGAACCUAGAUUUCCACAAUGUCUUAACAGCAACACUUGAACAAAAUAUAAAUUAUUGGUCAAAAUUAA